AUGCAAGAUGCUAAACCGGUUAGCACUCCUAUGAUUAGCUCUUCAAAAUUAUCAGCAAAUACAGGUACUCCUUUUGAAGAUCCCACAUUGUUUAGAUCAAUUGUGGGGGGACUUCAAUAUGCCAUUGUCACAAUAUCAGACAUCGCAUUUGCAGUAAACAAGCUCAGCCAAUUCAUGUCAAAGCCGAGCCAAGAUCAUUGGAUGGCGGCAAAGCGUGUCCUUCGAUAUUUAGCAGGUACAGUUGAUCUUGCUCUUCAAUUUCAUAAGACUAAUGAUCUUCGUUUAACUGCCUUUUCAGAUUUGGAUUGGGCUGCUGAUGUUGAUGAUAGAAGAUCUGUGUCUGGAUACUGUGUGUACUUUGGAGCAAACUUGAUUUCCUGA